AUGAUAGUUUUAUAAAAUUAUCGUUUAAGUAAUUUUUGAAUACGAAAUAUGAAUUAAUCGUGCAAUUAAUCGUGUAAUAUAAAAAAAAAAUAACACUUGCGAUAUCAAUUUAAACAAACGGAAACGCGAUUUAAAAACAAAAACGAGACAAUAAUAUCGAAAUCCUCGAAGUUAUCGAUCUAAUGAACAGCCAUUAUGCUGGAAUAUAUGAACCAGUCUAACGAUUCAUUUUUAUCCUGUGAUAAGCUUAAAACAAUAUCAAUUUUUUUAAAGAAGGGAAGAACCACUCAAAGUAAAGUAAUGGAUUUUAUUCUAACGAUACUUGGCUGUAUAAUCCUGAAAAUUGAUAAUCAAAUCUACUUAUACGAAUUUAAGGAUAUCUUCAAUGAUAGAACCUUAAAAAAUAUAAAGAAUGACUUGGAAAAUCUUUUGUAUUUUAAAACUAAAUUCUUUAAUUUUUUAAUCAUGGAGUUAUUGUUAGAGACUAUCAAGAAAGAAAAUAAUUAUUUUAAUAAACAUAUCAAAUUCAAUAGAAUCAUGGAGACAUCAAAUAAACAAUGUAACAAAGAAGUUUUUCAAAAAAAAGUCAAGGAUGUUAUAAAAUUUUUAAUUUUUCGAAAGAUCGAAAAAUUUUCUUAUCUUCAUGAUAAUAAAAGUACAUUGGAUUACUACAAAAAGAAAAUCGAUGUUAUACUUAGCAACGAAAUUCAUCCAAGAGAUAAUAUAAUAAAUAAAAAUGUUAAGGAAAAUAAUGAAGAAAAUACAAUAAAUUUUAUUUACCAUAAAAGAAAAAAUGAAUCUAUGAAUAAUGUAAACAAUUCAAAAAAACCAGACUCAAAAAUAGAGUCUAAUUUCUACAAAACAUCAAGUUAUACUUGCUUCGAUUAUUUUUGCAGUAAAAUUUAUUGGUUGCUCUGCUAUGCAUGGUUAGGAAUUUUUAUAUAUUAUUGUUGCAUAUCUUUUUUUCCAAUUUUCCCAACAUUGUUAAAUAUUAUACAUAAAUUGAUAAAUAAUAAUUCAUAAUAUAAUAGUUGUAUAAAUUAGGUAUAAAUUUGUAUUAUUUCGUUCAAGUUAUUGUUAAACAUGUUGUAUAUAUUGUUUUCUUCACAAACAUAAUAUAGGAAUUAUAUAUGUGCAUAGUAUAGAAAUUAGAAUUAUUUUGUUAAUUCAAUUAAUAACUUAUCAAUUAGAAAAUUGAUAAAUCUAAUUAAUUUUAUCAAUUACAUAAAAAUAUCAUAUAUUAUGUCAAUUUAUUAAGACAAAAAAAAUAAUAUAUAAUGUAUACAUCCAAGCUUGAUUUUAAUAUCUUCUAAUUUAACUUAUUUUUCAUCAUGUAAUGAAUAACUAUGUUUCAAUAUAGUACGAUAUUUUAAUGUAAAAAAUAUUUAUAUAUAAUUAAAAACUUUUAAUGAUAAUGAAUAUAAAAGUUCAACUUUAUUAUCUUUAAAAUGUUUAAAUAGUCAUUGUUCUUUCAUAUGCUUUCAUAAUAAAUUUAUUCAUAUAUUUUAUAAACUCUUAUUAUCGCGAAAUAAAAUAUCAAUAAUUUUUUGAUACUAUUCAAUUUAUUUAAAUCAUAAAAAAAAAAAUAUAUGAAAAAAUUUAACCGAUAAUCAUUUAUUUAAAUUAGAUUAUAAAUACUUAGUUUAAUGUACAUAUACCGAAAUUAAAAUAAAAAUAUAAAUUACUAUA